AUGUGGAAGAAAGAUAUUCUGAUAACAGGUCGUACUAAAGAUGCACUCCUGCCUACGACCGUCUGCGAGGUCGUCCUGCACGCGACGACAGUGGACGUCAUAUAUGAUCGAGGCAUAGUUUCGACAGCAAUAGCUGAUCGCCGUCCUUUCGAAGACUCGAACAUGGUCUUCACCAAGUUCAUCGGAUCAAUUAUCAAGCAGAGAACAAACAAGGCUUCCAGACCAUUCUUAUCAGACUACUUAACGGCUUGCAUUGAUAGCAAUUCAAUUGCCGUCAGGUGGAAGGGUAGUGGUAGAAUUCAGUGGUACAGUAGGUUGCAAUCACCUCUUCUGGCGAACACGCUGAUGAUGGCUUUGUCAUCGGCAAAUGUUUUGGUUAUUGCCGCCAAAUUCAAUUUGAAGAACGAACUGCAGCAUCUACGAAGAGAUGGUGUUGUGUUUGACUACUGCGACCCCAUCCGCCUCAUCGCGACUACUGCGAUUGGUGGGCUAGAAGGGCAGCUGUUUGGUCUUGAGCACCAUGGUGGCUUGAAGAGGAAUGGAGAGAUCGAGAUUCGGCACGUGGUGGAAUCGGCGAGCAUGGAAGGAAGGAAACGGCUAGGUGUAUCAUAA